GCAUUGGGCACUAGAGGGCCUCGAAAUUUGAGGCCCAUUGGGGAUGGUAAAAAAAAAAAAAUUAAGUUAGGGCAAGUUUUUCAGACGACACAAUCUGCUUCGACACUCCGCAGGACGCAGCCUCCGCUAUCUCCUCAGGCUCAGGUAACACCGUGACAAGUAUGAUGAGAUGAUUAAGCCACAUCCUUGGUAACCAUGCAUGGAGUUGGGCAGAUAUCUUCUCAAUUUCGUAGACAAUUGCAUACAUUAUCUCGUAAUGGUCCUAGCGAGACCUUGAAGAGGAGGGUUGCUGAAUUGGAGAAAAUCAGGAAAAGGUGGAAGCCUAAGCAAUUUUUUGUAGAAGUUCCAGAAUCAAAAGCAUUCCUUGACACUGCAACUACGCCUAUGAUUCUCACUGUUGUUGGAGGGGUGCUCUUUGCAAAGAUUCUGAUGAUGUUAGACGAGUCAAAAUCCCAAGAAACGAUCGAACGCAAAAUAAAGAAUGCUCCCGCUGGUCAGGGCACUGUCCGGAUGCUCACCCGUGAAGAGUGGGAGGAAAUAAAGGAUGUUCGGCCAAGAACUCCAUUUGAAUCUAAGCUUGCUCGUCCAAAUGCACGACUAAGAACUGGGGAAUCAUUGCACAUGGAGGAUUUGAAGGAUUGGACGAUUGAUGUGCUCAUAGAUGCACUCACUCGGGUUGAAGAAAGUGCUAAGAAUGGGUCCAAUUAAUCGGUGCUGUCACCUGCUAAAAAACAUAGCCUAAAUUGUGGUUCUGGUCCAUCAUCUACGCUGUUAAAAUUAACUGUGGCAUGAUUAAAUGCGUGUAUCGUCUUGAAAAUCUGUAUGUCUAUAUUUGAUUGUGUUGCAGCAUUUAUCUUAACAUCUGUCCUAAAUCAUGCUUACGAAGCCAUUGGCUUGCAGCUUGGAAUUAAAACUUUUUGACUGCCUAUUCUGCAAUUGGUUGGCUGGAAUCAGAAAUUCAUUGAGGAAUGAUACACAGAUAUGAUUUCUCUGCUAA